GCGAGUGGAGGUGGUGAAAGAGGUUACGAGUGUUUUUUUUUUUGUUUUUAAUUGUUACGAGUGUUGUUUUUAAAACCGAAGAGGGUGACGGAAAGGACAGUUGGGAUUUUUGAGGGAGAGUUGGGGAAGAGGGAAAAUGACGAUUGUGGAGUAUUUUCAAACGCUCUCGGACAAUCCGUACUUCGGGGCUGGGUUCGGAUUGGCUGGACUGGGGGUCGGAGCUGCUGUGCUCCGAAAGAGCAGCCAAUUUGCAAUGGUUUUGUUUAGGCGUCAUUACAUGAUAACCCUGGAGGUCCCCUGCCGAGACAAGAGUUAUCAAUGGCUUCUCCAAUGGAUAACUUACAAAGGCGCCAAAAAGACCCAGCAUCUAUCGGUGGAGACUAGUUUUGAAUUAAAGGACACUGGAACCGUCAACACAAAAUACGAGUUCAUCCCGAGUAUUGGAACUCACUUCUUCAGAUAUAAAGGCAACUGGAUAAGGGUUGAGAGGACUAGAGAGCAACAGACGCUUGAUCUGCACAUGGGGAUUCCUUGGGAGACUGUUGUGCUGACGGCUUUUGGAAAUAACAGGAGUAUUUAUUUCGAGAUUCUUGAGGAAGCUAGACAAAUGGCUCUGAAGGAACACGAAGGAAAGACAAUAAUGUAUACAGCAAUGGGCAGUGAGUGGAGGCAGUUUGGACACCCCAGGAAGAAGAGACCAAUUGAUUCGGUGGUUCUGGACGAGGGAAUUGCGGACAGAAUUGUCAAGGAUUGCAGGGAAUUCAUAGAGAAUCCUGGAUGGUACAGUGAUCGAGGAAUUCCAUACAGACGUGGUUACCUACUCCAUGGCCCCCCAGGAUGUGGGAAAUCUUCGUUCAUCACAGCCCUAGCUGCUGAACUUGAGCGAGGAAUUUGCGUCCUGAACUUGUCAGAGAGAGGACUGACUGAUGAUCGAUUGAAUCAUCUCCUAGCAGUGGCCCCACAGCAGACCAUCAUCCUGCUUGAGGAUGUUGAUGCUGCCUUCAGUAGUCGAACAGAAACCAAAGAGAUGAAAGCUGCAUUCGAUGGACUCAACAGGGUAACAUUCAGUGGACUAUUGAAUUGUCUGGAUGGAGUAGCAUCCACUGAAGCUCGAAUUCUAUUCAUGACGACGAACUACUUAGAGAGAUUGGACCCAGCCUUGGUGAGACCAGGGAGGGUCGAUGUUAAGGAGUACAUUGGCUGGUGCAGUGCUAGUCAACUCGAGCAAAUGUUCCUCAGGUUCUACAGAGGACCGGAAGGAACGAAUGCCCAAGCCCUUGCGAGACAAUUCGCAGAGAGUGUAAUGAACUUCAAGAGGAACGUGAGUCCAGCCCAGAUCCAGGGGUUCUUCAUGUUCCACAAGAAUUCUCCUGAUGAAGUUCUGAAUAAUGUCGCACAAAUUUGGGAGCUCACUUGACUGUUCUGUAUAUUUCGUUCGAGACAUACAGUGAAUACAACGUUUUAAAGUAA